GAUUGGGUUCUGGCUGCUGCUGCUUCCAGGGCUGCUGGGCUGACGGGACCAUGAGGCGAACAGGCAGGAGCAUCUGAACUGGGCUGUGGGGCUGGGGGAGGGGCAGCAGCCAAGGCCAGGACCCUCCCCUGGCUGCCCCCUUCCCCCUGUGGCGUCCGCAGUGGAGGUGGCCCCAUACGUGGGGGGCCGGAGGCGCUGGCGGAGAUGGGACCCCUGCUGGGGGAGGACAACAGCCAGCAGGGGGCGGAGGUGGGGGCCGAGCCGGCGGGCUGGGGGGCCGCUGCGCAGUGGGGAGCCGAGGAGCUGGACGACGCGGACCCCGUGCGAGUCCUCACGCUGCCGCUCCAGGCCCAGCAAGCCAUGGGGCGGAUGGAGGAGUUUGUCUUUAAGGUGUGGGAGGGGCGCUGGAGGGUCAUCCCCUACGACGUGCUGCCCGACUGGCUGAAGGACAACGACUUCCUUCUCCACGGGCACCGCCCACCCAUGCCCUCCUUCCGCGCCUGCUUCCGCAGCAUCUUCCGCCUGCACACGGAGACCGGCAACAUCUGGACACACCUCAUCGGCUUCCUCUUCUUCCUCAUCUUGGGCAUUGGCUACAUGUUCAGCCCCAACGUGAAUUACGUGGCCCCCGUCCAGGAGCGUGUCGUCUUCGGGAUGUUCUUCCUGGGGGCCACCCUCUGCCUCUGCUUCUCCUGGCUCUUCCACACGGUGUACUGCCACUCGGAGAGAGUGUCCCGCACCUUUUCCAAGCUGGAUUACUCGGGCAUCACGCUGCUGAUCGUGGGCAGCUUCGUGCCCUGGCUGUACUACUCCUUCUACUGCUCGCCCCAGCCCCAGCUCAUCUACCUCAUCAUCGUCUGCGCACUGGGCAUCACGGCCAUCACGGUGUCCCAGUCGGACCACUUCUCCACGCCCCAGUACCGCGCUGUGCGGGCAGGCGUGUUCCUGGGGCUGGGGCUGAGUGGCCUGGUGCCCACCCUGCACUUCCUGCUGGCCGAGGGGCCGGUGCGGGCGGCGAGGGCCGGGCAGGUGGGCUGGCUCCUCCUCAUGGCGCUGCUCUACAUCCUGGGCGCGGUGCUGUACGCCGCCCGCGUGCCCGAGCGCUUCUUCCCUGGGAAGUGCGACAUCUGGUUCAACUCCCACCAGAUCUUCCACGUGCUGGUGGUGGCGGGCGCCGGCGUCCACCUCCACGGGGUCUCCCAGCUCCAGGCCUUCCGCUUCUCGCUGGGGGGCACCUGCACCGAGAGCACUGUGCUGUGAGCCUGCCCCCCCCCACUGGAUCCCGCCCCGGGAGGCGUGGCCCCAAGCUACCAGAUCCCGCCCCGGGCGCCGAGUGACCAGAUCCACCCAGAGGGCGUGGCCCUGGGCACCAAGCGACCAGAUCCCGUCCUAGGAGGUGUGACCCCAGGCACUGAGUGACCAGAUCCCACCCAGAGGGCGUGGCCCUGGGCACCAAGCGACCAGAUCCCGUCCUAGGAGGCGUGACCCCAGGAAAUGAGUGACCAGAUCCCACCCAGAGGGCGUGGCCCUGGGCACCGAGCAACCAGAUCCCAUCCUAGGAGGCGUGACCCCAGGAAAUGAGUGACCAGAUCCCACCCAGAGGGCGUGGCCCUGGGCACCGAGCAACCAGAUCCCAUCCUAGGAGGCGUGACCCCAGGCACUGAGUGACCAGAUCCCACCCAGAGGGCGUGGCCGUGGGCGCCGAGUGACCAGAUCCCACCCAGAGGGCGUGGCCGUGCGCGCCGAGUGACCAGAUCCCACCCAGAGGGCGUGGCCGUGGGCGCCGAGUGACCAGAUCCCACCCAGAGGGCAUGGCCGUGGGCGCCGAGUGACCAGAUCCCACCCAGAGGGCGUGGCCAUGGCCGUGGGCACCAAGCCACCAGAUCCCACCCUGUGGGGGUGUGGUCCUGGGUUUUGAGCGACCAGAUCCCACCCAGCUGAUCACAUGACAGAGGGCGGGACCUCAGAUGACAACUGACCAAUUGGCCCACUAGGAGUGCGGCCUCAUUUCCUGACCAACCAAUCACGCCAUGGAGUAGUGAUAUCAGAUCCUGACUGACCAAUUGCCCUGAAUGGGGCGAGACCUAAGAUUCUGACUGACCAAUCACAGCCCAGGGGGCGUGGCCUCAGAAACCAAGCCGCCACUCAUGCCAUGGAGUUGUGACUUCACACAGUGACUGACCAAUCGCACCACAGAGAUGUUACUGUGAUUACUAACCGACCAAUCGCAACAUGGGAGGCGAGGCCUAAAACAGCCACUUUGGAUGGGCCAAUCAUGCCAUGGGGGGCGUGGCUUCGCUUAAAGGGGACAUUGCCUGGUAUUUUUGUCGUGCCUGCCCGGUGUUUUCCCCUUGUUGCACUGUGGGGAGGGGAGUAUUUAAUAACUCACUGCACCUAUUUUUAGUUUAAUCUCCCGCACCAAUUUCUCAGUCUCUGGCCCCUUAAGAAACUUGGGCGUGUCCUCUCUUGGAAA